AUGUCCUCACUAGACACGGUACGACUCGAAGCUAAUUUCACACCUGGUUGUCAUGUCAACCCUACAGGUGUGUUGCAUUCACCCGAUUCAGUAGAUUUAUUGACUGCUAAAAAGCAACUAACGACAACAGGUAUGCCUCCGAAGAAAGGAAAAAGCACUGGUAAAAAGAAAAAGAUUGCAACAAAGAAAUCUAAAGUCAAUUCAAAACUGAUAAAAGAAAAAGAAUAUGUCGAUCCUGUCAAACCAGAAGUUAUUUUGCCUCCUCCAACAGCAAGAGAAAGACUGGUGUCUUUGCUCAUUAAACAGCCAGUUUCUGAAAAGGAAAUGUUUGGUGUGAAGCUCACAUCACAUAUACUCCAGGAAUUUUCCACCCAGGAGAUCAGAGACUUGUAUGCUGUUUUCAAAGCCUUUGAUGCAAAUUCAGAUGGAUUACUGCACAUCAAAGAGGUUUAUGUUGCAUUGCUCUCACUUGGAUUUAAACAAAGUCUGCAAAAGACUUCAGACUUAAUGGAAGCUGUGGGUCUUAAAAAAACAAAUUAUGCCAGCUUCCGUCAGUUCUUGGAAUGUAUCAUUUACCAACAGGGAAGCAGCAGAGACACCUAUGAAGAGAUAAGCAAAGGGUUUCAGGCACUUGAUUUAGAUCAAGAUGGUGUCUUGGAUCUUUCAGACCUGGAGCAAGCAGGUCAGGAUCUUGGCUUGAAACUUACCCGCCAUGAUUUUUCAGAAAUGAUUGAGGAAGCAGAUACAAAUGGAGAUGGCAAAGUUAACUUUAUGGAAUUUGCAAAUGUCAUGCUGCGAACAAAUCUAUUUGUUUCAGACACUUAA